AUGGCCGGCGGAGACGGCAGUCAGGAUUCCAACAGCACACCUGAACCCGUCGAGAAGGGCUUUGCCACGCUCACCCAGUUGCAGAUUGGCGUCAAGGCGUUUGUUGAAAAGAAUGGAGAGCCUAGAAAAGCGGAGAUCUUGUCUAUCAAGCAGAGAAAUGGUGCUCUGACUUUCUACGUACAUUAUGUCGAGUUCAACAAGCGUCUCGAUGAAUGGGUCACAGCCGAGCGCAUCGACCUCUCUCAGGAGGUCGAAUGGCCCGUCCCCGAAAAGCCUGAGAAAAAGAAGACGACCGUCACCACGAAAGGCCCACCGUCAAAAGCCGCCACGUCAAAGUCCAUCACCACGAAGGCCGGCCGUCCAAGGACAGAUUCGCGCGCCAGUUCUGCAACACCUGAUCUCCUGAGCUCCAAGGCAGGCAAUGACCGAAAACGACCCAUACCCUCGAAAGCAGGCGGCAAAGAAAACCGCGACGAAGGACUUGCGCCUGAUGGGGAUGCCUCACUAGUAAUCACCAAAGAAGGCACGCCUCUACCAACGCUCGGGAAUGAAGACGGCACAGCGGGCGGAGUCGACGUGGAAAUGCCCGAUGUCACAAAGACAGAGGAGAAGGUUGCGCCAAUCAUGGAACCGGAGGAGGAGAUCGAGAAGCUUCGCACCGGUGGCUCCAUGGUUCAAAAUCACGCCCAACUGCAUCUCGUGCGCAACUUGAACAAGAUUCAAAUGGGCAAGCACAUCAUCGAACCGUGGUACUUCUCUCCCUAUCCCCAGGAGUUCAGCGACGUGGACAUGGUGUAUAUUGAUGAGUUCUGCCUAUCCUACUUUUCCUCCAAGAAAUCAUUCGAGAGGCACCGCACAAAAUGCGAAUUGCGCCAUCCGCCGGGUAACGAAAUCUAUCGCGAUGACUUUGUGAGUUUCUUCGAGGUCGACGGUCGACGGCAGCGCACAUGGUGUAGAAACCUCUGUCUGCUGUCAAAACUGUUCCUGGAUCAUAAGACGUUAUACUACGACGUCGACCCUUUCUUGUUCUACUGUAUGGUCACCCGGGACGAAUACGGUUGCCAUCUUGUCGGAUAUUUCAGCAAAGAGAAGGAGUCGGCGGAAGGGUAUAACGUCGCUUGUAUUCUUACCCUGCCGCAGUAUCAGCGACAAGGCUUGGGAAGGUUGCUUAUUGCUUUCUCAUAUGAGUUGAGCAAACGUGAAGGAAAGCUGGGGUCGCCUGAAAAACCCCUUUCGGACCUUGGCUUGUUGGGUUACAGACAGUACUGGAAAGAAGUGCUGAUUGAGCUUCUUUCUGAUCCUGUGCGGCUGCCUCCCCCGGGAUCAGCCUCUCACACACCAACUUCGGAACAGCUGCAUCCGCACUCGUCUCUAGGCUUCACCGGGCCUUCGUCGCAGUACUCGACAAGCAUCGCUGAGAUAGCGAGUCAAACAGCCAUGACUGAGAAGGACGUCCACGAACAACUCGAGGUGCUGAAGCUCCUGCGUUAUCACAAGGGUGCAUGGAUCAUCGUUGUGAGGGAUGAACUACUCGAGUGGCAGGAAAAGCGGCGGGAGAAAGAGAAAGCCAAAGGGAUCAGAAGGAUUGAUCCUAGCAGACUCAACUGGAAACCGCCUGUCUUUACCGCUAGCAGUCGGACAUGGAACUGGUAG